AUGGCCGACAACGACAACUACUCGCAGGAUGGCGGCGAGUACAGUACCGCUCGGCCCAACUUUCAUCUCGGGCAGCAUGAUUCUACUCGAGAGGAGCCCCUUAAUGAUAUGCAGUAUGGGCAGGUUCUGAAUGCUGGUAUCACAUUUGUGACUAGCCCUGUGACGAACAAGAACUUCCAUUCCCGCGUAGUCGAGUUGGUCAAGGCCCACCUCGCCCUCGUCAAAGAGGCCGGCCCCCAUGCCCAGAGCCUGGCCGACCCCAUCAUCCCGCCUCUGACGCCCAAGGACACAGCUCUGUUCCCAAGCCCUGUCGUCAACACCUACAUCGCUUACACGAGCCCCUGGAUCGACUUGGCCUCCACUAACCCUGUCAUCGCCAACAUCUCUCGCCAGGUCCUCAACCUCGAGGUUGCUUACGCCAACUUCUGUGGCGUCAGAAGUGUCGUCGUCCCCGGCCCCAGAGCCGAUGCCUCCAAGAACGGCGGCAACCAGGGGCUUGCCCAGUACGGUCGGGCCCUACAGGAGGCCAUGACUGUAGGCAGCCGCCUGAACUUUCUCAUCCACAUCCCCAUGUACAGGGAGCCCGGUCUCGAGGAGAAGGUUGAUACCCUUUCCGUCCUAUUGGGCGAGGGGAAGAAAGCGGCCCAAGAGAUUGAUGUGUACAGCACGUGGGACUCAUGGCACGUCAUUCGUACCAUCUGCGAAUACAGCCUGAGGUUGUUCGUCGCCUUGAGGAUCCCCAAGGUCUUGCCCGAGCGUGAGGUCCAGGAGAAGUGGUUUGCUGAGCCCCUACACUACCUCACUCUGAGGCCCGAGACAUUCAAGAAGAACGCGAGUGGUCACCCGGCCCUGCCCAGGACACACCAAGAUCUUUUGUUCUCUUACAUGCGCCUCAAGAAUGCGCCCUGGCUGCUUCUUGUCGACACUGGCCCAGAUCUGGCGACUCUCGAUGCCGAGGCGAAGCGGGCGGCGCAAGCAGACUUUCCUGCUCUCGGAGAAACGACCCCCAAGGAGAGCGAACCCAAAUCGUUCCGUGCUUACAUUGAGUACCUCAAGUGGCUUGAGUUCCAGCAGCCACCCCUCAACUACCUCGAAAGGACAACCCUUACGAGCUUUCAGGAUUGGCUGCAAUCACCCCUUCAGCCACUUUCGGACAACCUUGAGUCGGCCACCUACGAGAUCUUCGAAGGUGAUCCAGUCAAGUACAACCAGUACGAGGAAGCUAUUGCGGAAGCUCUGGCCGAAUGGAAGGACCUCGGACGUGCGUGCUCGUCGCCCAAGGGAGCUGUCGUCAUCGCUGUUGCCGGCUCCGGUCGUGGUCCCUUGGUCACUCGUGCACUCAAGGCUGCCAACGAGACGGGCGUCGCGGUCGAGGUCUGGGCUGUGGAGAAGAAUCCCAAUGCAUAUGUCUACCUGUUGCGCCAGAACGAACUGGUCUGGGGUGGCCGCGUGACCGUGGUCAAGACAGACAUGCGUGCCUGGAAGGGCCCUCUCGUGUCCGGCACUCCCGACAACAACCCCGUCUACGGCAAGGUCGACAUCCUCGUCUCUGAGCUUCUCGGUUCCUUCGCCGAUAACGAGCUCUCCCCGGAGUGCCUCGACGGAGUCCAACACGUCCUCGCUCCCCACGGCAUCUCCAUCCCGGAGUCCUACACGGCCCAUAUGACCCCUGUCGCCCACCCGCGCAUUCACUCCGACCUCCUGACCCGUCUGCCCACAGACCCUAACGCUUUUGAAACGCCCUGGGUCGUUCGUCUGUUUGCCAUGGACUUUGCCGCGGCGGAGAAGGUACCGGGCCACCCCCGCUUCCAGCAAGCCUGGGAGUUUGAGCACCCCCUUCCCGAAGCGACGAUGCAGCUGAUGGAAGCCCGCCGCGCAGGUGGCGUCAUGGGCGGCGGCGGAGGCAGCAUGGCCGGUGCCGCAGGCGCCAACGACCACAACUCGCGCUUCUGCCACCUGACCUUCGUGUGCCGUACCAGGGGCGUUAUUCACGGACUGGCGGGCUACUUCGAAUCGGUGCUUUACGCGCCGCGCCUUGGCGACAAGGCUAAGGUCGAGAUCAGCACGCAUCCUGACCAGAUUGAUCAGAAGAGCAAGGAUAUGAUCUCGUGGUUCCCGAUCUACUUCCCCAUCAAGCAACCACUAUACUACCCUGCCGACACGGAGCUCGAGGUUAGCAUGUGGCGUCAGACGGACGACUCUAAGGUCUGGUACGAGUGGCUCAUCGAGGCCUACACCUGGGUGGGUGAGGGCCAGCGGAUCAAGGUGGGCAGCUCAGAGCUCACGAGCAGCCGCAAGGUCGCAUGCCUGAUGUGA